AUGGAGGAGAUUGGUGGUGAUGGGAGGACCCCUCUGUUACUCCUAAGCGCGCGUCUGAUCAAAAAGGGCCAGACAGUAACGGCGCUGCCUGAUGCGAAAAGGGCAAGGAAAACGGUCUCGGUCGAGGCGGAAUGCCCGAGAACGCCACGACGAACGCCUCGUAGAGCCCGAAGCCAACAGACGGCCUACGGCUUCGUACAGACCCGAACGCGAUGUCUCGUGCCGACGCCAGCCGGGCAGGGAGAUAACAACAUACUCCACACAUCGUUUGUUCAUCAUUCUGGCUCGGCUUCGUUCGUAGCUAUGUCGGCAUUCACGUCUUUGAACGGGCGUAAGGGCUGGGUGUUGGCCAGACGUUUUGCUCUGGGAGCCAUGGCGGCGUCGAGGGACUGCCAAAUCCAGCCACGAAGUCAGAAUGAAGGCUCAGGAGCAUGCGGUUGA